AUGGCAACCAAUCUCCAGGGCAAGCGUGUAGUCGUUGUAGGGGGCAGCAGCGGCAUAGGUUUCGCAGCUGCCAAACUAGCAUUGGUCAAUGGGGCUUCAGUGAUCAUCUCGUCAUCUAAUCAGGCCAAAGUCGAUGCGGCCACGAAGAGACUUUCCGAGUUCAACCCUGGCGGUCGUGAGGUUGAAGGCAGGGUGUGUGAUGUCAAAGGAGGCGAAAGCGCAAUCAAGGCAUUUUUCGAUGCACUUCCAGAGUUUGAUCAUCUGAUCUGGACAGCGGGCGAUCCUCUCCGCAUCGGUUACCCGGACAUCGACCUCGCUCAAACGCAAGAUGCAUUUGCCGUGCGCGCCCUGGGGCCUAUUUAUGCCGGAAAAUAUGCUCCGAGCCACAUGCCGAAGAGCUCCAAGUCCUCGAUCACCCUCACGAUUGGCAGUGUCGUUCGGAAGCCCAGGAAGGGAUGGGCGCUCAUUGCCGCAAUUGCCGGUAGCGUCGAACGAUUCACCAAGGGAUUGGCCGUCGAGCUUGCGCCCAUUAGGGUGAACGUAGUGAGCCCUGGUUUGGUGAAAACAGAGAUGUGGGACUCGACACCUGCUGAGCAACUCAAUGCGAUCGUGAGCGGCGCGGAAAAGACACUCCUCGUGCAGCACGUCGCGGACGCGGACGAGGUAGCAGAGGCUUAUCUGUAUCUCCUGAAAUGCGGCUAUGUGACCGGGGAGACGUUGAAUGUCGACGGCGGUGGAGUCCUUGCCUAG